GGCAGCUCUGGUUUCCCCUCAGGCAGGGCGGCAAGCGCCUGUUUAAAGCGGGGCGCACGAAAAGCGAUGGCCGCGGACGGGGUUCCGCUGACGGAGGAAAGCAUCCGCGAGAGAGUCUGCCUGACGCACCAGAAUCUCGCUGAUGUCCGGUCAUUGUCUCUUCCUGGAACUUACCAUGAAAAGAUUAGUCAUUUAGGAAACUCAUUGGAAAAUUUUAUUCAUCUAAAAUCACUUGACCUUUCACGCAAUGCAUUGACUACUUUGGAGGGCCUUCAACAUCUUACAUGCCUAGAAAAGCUCAAUCUUUACUUCAAUUGCAUUUCCUCCUUGUCAGAAGUAUUUCGACUCCACAGCUUAACUGCACUCAAGGAUGUGGAUUUCCGGCUGAAUCCUGUUGUUAAAAAUGAAUCUGAUUAUCGUCUUUUUGUCAUUCACAUGCUCCCGAAUCUCAGGCAGUUGGAUGAUCGUCCUGUGAGAGACAGUGAGCGAAAAGCAUCCCUUUUACAUUUCCCUACAGAUCAUGCUUAUAAAUUCAGGAAGCCUCCACUGGUAACAAGAUGGACUGAAAUGGAAAGUUCUGCCCAUCCAAGAGUUGAAUACAUUAACUUGAUGUCCAAAACGUGCUUGGUGAUGGAUAAAGAUGAUGAGGAGGUCCUGAACCUCAUUACAAAGUGUGAAUGGGACUUAAGUAAGCCUCCAGGAAUAACUGGAUCGACCGAGAGUCACCCCAAAGUUGAAUUCCAUGAUUUAAACAGUAUUCACAAAAUAGAAGAUAAUACUAAGAGGCAUCGGAAGCCAGGAACCUCUCCAGCACGGCUUGUCUUAUUGCAGAAGUGGAAGCAAGAAAACCUGCCCGAGGCUGCCCAGUUAGAAAACAGAAAUAUGCUGAAAGCCUCAGAAACGAAUGAAGAAUAUAGAUGCUUGCCUACUUCACAAACUCUACAAGUUUCUCAUAGUGCCCUUGGUCAAGGACACAAGAAAAAGAAAAUCGGCGUUAGAGUUUCGUUCUUAGGAUCUAAAUCAGAAGAGCUGGCCAAGACAGACCCUAAUUUGAAGUUCCACAAUGAGGCUGAAGCAUAUGAAAGGAUCACAAGCCAUGCUAUUUUUACACCCCAUCCAGCCCCACCAGAAGUAAAUGAAAUAGUUGUUACUUCUCAGAAGACAACAGCGGGACAUGACCAGAAGUGCAUACCUCAAGGAGCAGUUCAGUUGGCAGAUGAAGUGCUAUAUGAAACAGGACUUGAAUGUCUUCUAGACUUGGUUGAUAAACACUGGAAUGGAUGCAGAUCACUUCAUUGCAACCCAGCUUUUUUAUCUCAGGCAGAAACUGUUUUGUCUGCAAUUCAGAAAUCCACGCCAACAGAUCAACAGAGACCUGCUGCAGAACACCAACAGCUGAAUAACCUUCGGUUAGAGAGACAGGCUUUGCAAAAGCGUAUCUCUGAGCAAGAAGAGCAGUACAAUGCCAAGAUCAAUAGUUUGGCAUCAGACUUGAAUAGCGCUAAAAAAGACAGGGAUAUAUUGAAGCAUAAUUUAGACAAAUUACUGAAAGAACAUGCAGCUCUGAAAGUGCACAGUCCCAAAAUGGAACACAGGACCCAGAAUGCAGAUGCCGCCCAGGCAGCACCACUGCAGAUAAUCGAGCUUGAAAACCAUCACAAGCUGUUGGCUGAUGAGAAUGCCAGUUUGAAACAGCGCCUCCACCACUUUGACAAGAUGCAGGAACUCACAAAGAUGUUGCAGGAAAGCCACAGAACCUUGGUUUCUACAAAUGAACGUCUCUUAAGAGAACUGGAAGAGGCACGUUGCCGACAUAAGGCCGAAGUGGAGCAACUACACUGGAACUACAAACAGUUAAAGAAAACACUUCCUCCUAGCAACAUCACCCAAAAUUAACAGCAACAGAUGUUAAUAACAGUUAAAGGCAUGUGAGUGUAAAUGAUUUAUAAAGGAUGACUAACCCUUGGGGUUAUUUACUUCCAUGAACCAACCAGCUUUUAACACUGUGGCUGAUUUCUCUUGUACCUUGUUUUUUAAGACAUCCUCCCCAUGGUUUUUGAAUAUAGGGCUGAAUAUAUUAAAUUAUUGAAUGAUUUUAAUGCAUUAUUCGAUCAAUGGCAAUUUAUAUGGAAAGUAAAGUUUUUAAGUAAAAUAAAAAUGAUCUCUUCUACUGUGAAUUUUGUAUUCACCUCAAACUUUUUCAAAUAGGGAUCAUGUUUAUCAUUGACCAAGUUAUUGUUGCAGAGCUGUGUACUGAUACUUUAGGAACAGCUGCAAAAUCAUGGCAUUAAGACAUGCUUAAACUUUGAGCACUUCUGCUCAUGGAAUGAAAUUUAGCAGAAAUGUGACUUGCAGUGCAAUCCUGUCCAUGUUUUCUUGGACUGCAGCCUUAGAAGGGAUGAGGGAUUCUCAUACUGUUGCAGGUGCUUUAAAAAUAAUCCUAGCUUAUUCUUUCACUUAUCCUGUCCUUGAACGUGAUAUCUGUGGAUCAAGAAUUAACCUUUGGCAUAUGAGAUCAGUAGCUGCUGUUUCCAUAUUCCAUUAAAAAGAUGCUGUUUCAACAA